AGUUGUUUUGCUCGCUCCGCAGGCGAUUUUUUUAUGUUUUAAGAUUAUUAGAUAUGCAAUCCAAACAACGACAGCAAGAGGAAUUUUAAUAGUGCGAUUUAGUUGCUGGCAAAAAGCACCGUGCAGAUAGUCCCACCAGUCAAUUUGCUGUUGAAUUUCUUGAAGAGCAGUGCAAUGUUUGGUCGCGUUGAAUUAUUUAUUAAUAGCUUGAUUAUGCUUAUGCUUCGACGGCCUCAUCAGUGUUCUGUCUUGAUUCAUUAGAUGGGCUUCCUUUGACGAAGCUGUUGUAGUGAUUAUAAGUGAAAUGGUUCGGUGAAAAAAUGUCGGUGAAACCGAAGAAUGGUAAACGAUUAGGUUUCGGCUGAUAAGAAUAGCUUUGGGUGACGAAUUUAUGGUACCGUAUUGAUAGAAUCGGAAAACGGAUAGCUGUCGUUCGGGCUCACCCAGUUUUAUCUAUAUCUAUUCGGGUGUUGGUUCUAAUGGAAAAGUGUGUCUGAAGGCAGUGAUUUUGGCUUCCUAUUGGCCGAAGACGGAAACCUGACCCGAGAAGAACAAGUGAUAAAGUGAUUAAUUAGUUGCUUGGAAGAGUGUAAACUAUCGGUACCCGCAACGAACGGAUACAUUUCGGACAAAUUGAAACGCAAACAGGAUGGAUUUGGCAAAUCUCUUUCUCUUUUGUCUGAUGUCCUGCGUGAUUGGCGCCGUGCUGAUGCUGCUGAUUCAGUACUACGCUUUUGUGCGGUACUUUCACCUGCCGGAGCUGAGCGACGAACAAGAGCAGUUCCGAAAGUCAGCCUUCAGCGAACCCUACGUGCUACCGGAUACACUGCUGGCCAGCAUUAAAGCACCGGACGCCGAAAGCAAAUCGACCAUAAUGGCCAUUAACUUAAUACUGCAAUUUCUCUACUUUGAACUGCGCCAUUCGAACCGCGUACGGAAAUGGUUCCACCGGAAACUGUCGCUCGAGCUGGAUGAAUUAAUCAGUAAAACCACAACAGGGAAGCUGUUCGACAAGUUGUCGAUUCGAGAUCUCGAUUUGGGUAAUCAGUUUCCGGAAAUAAAAAACUUUCGAUUGCACCAAGUGGAGUUACACCCCGACGAAGGGCACAUCGAAAGUUUAGAUGCUCUGCUAGAUUUGCAUUACGAGGGUCAUUUUCGGUUGUCCAUUGACGCCGAUAUGGUACUCGGCAAAAAAGGAUCACUCGCUUUGAAAGUCAAACAGGUGUCCGGUAUCGCUAGGCUGCAGUUCACCCGUAAGCCGUACACGCAUUGGUCGUUGAGCUUCGUAGGAGAUCCAAAGGUGGACCUAGAAGUGCAAUCACAAUUUCAGGGACGUCAAAUGCAGUCCAACGUAUCGAGCCUAAUAUCGAAUCAAAUCCGCAAGGCCAUUCGACGGAAACACACUCUGCCAAACUAUAAGCUGAGGUACAAACCAUUCUUCCACCGCGUUGAGGAAGACUACGAUAUGAACGAAAUCGUACCGAACGGAACGCUGGAGGUCACCGUAGAGGAAAUAAGUCGCUUGAACACCGGAUCCCGAUUAUCGCACGUAUACUGCACUAUGACACUCGCCCACAUGCCCUGGGUUAUCGCUAGACAGCAGGAUAGCAGUAACUUGGUUGUUUCCCUGGAUGUUGAAAUUCACAAAGCAAAAAAUCAACAGAUCGGAAUCGUUUUCAAGCAGCAAGAACAGUUUGUCACCAUCGAAGCAGUUAUACCGAAUACACCGGCAUCGAAAGCUGAAUUGAAGCGUGGAGAUCUGCUACUCUCCAUUCAAGGAAAGCGAGUAACGACUAUUAACCAAGUGGCCAAGGUUAUAAAAUCUCUUAACAGACCGAUGUUUGUGCUGCGCAUCGAGCGCAUAGUUUCCGGUACAAUCAAGAACGAUGGUUUACUGGAUGAUCUGGAAGACUACGAAGAAAUUGACCCCAACUUGAAUAUAUGUUUCACCAAAAAUUUGGACAACGUACAGAUCGGUGGAUCCGGUAUCGGUAAAGAUAAGACACGAGUUUCUCGGCGAAGUUCUAAGGGAAGCGGUGGAGAGUCCAGCCAUUCGAAUACCCCUGGGAACAAUACGCCAGUGAAGCGAUCGGAACCUAAAAAAGAAGAUCAAGCAGCUGGAAAAUCUCAAGAAAACGAUCCGUUAUCGGCCAGCAGAAAAUCACUAGGGGAUGGUUUUCCGCAGCAUUCGUCAAUUGAUUGCGAGUUCAAUUCCUUUAUCCGAAUGGCAGAUUUGUGUAGCUUCCAACUGAUGGAACAGUUUUCGUACUUAAAUGUUAACGUUUUUGGCAAGAGUAGUGACGAACACCAGCUACUCGGUUAUUUGAAUAUACCUGUAAACAGUAUUCUUGUGGAAUGUAACGAAUCUCUACUUGGGCAUCAUCUAAAGAAGUAUCCCUUGCUACCGCCAGAAGCGAUUGAUGUAUCAAACCAUCCGCUCUCUAUGCAGUCAGGAUUUGACCAGAACUACUGCUACGGAGAUAUUUUGAUGUCGUUUGUUUGGAGUGGCACGGCCAUUUCUGCGUGCAGCAGCUCCACUUCCAUCAAAAGCAGCACAGAAAACAUUAAAAAGCUCAAGCUGAUCAGUAUUAGCAAGGGUUCGGCCGACAAGGAAGACGACAAAACUGAUUCUCCAGUCGACUCGAAAGCCCCCUCACAACAGACCUCACAAACAUCGCAACAGCAUGACUUCAUUCGGACACAUUUUCAUCGAACCACACAAUGCGAUUACUGUGGCAAGAAAAUCUGGCUCAAGGACGCUGUCCAGUGCCGUGACUGUGCCAUGUGCUGCCAUAAGAAGUGUAUCAAUAAGUGUCAAAGUUCCACGGUUUGCAAUGUCGGUGACACAGUACCGACAAUUCCUCUAACGAGUUCCCAGCCAGAGUUUCGCGUAACUGAAGCAGACUCUCCAACUAUAGAAGUUGAAGACUUCGUUGAUAUAGUCGAAGAAGAACAGCAGGCAGCAAAGUCUCGAUUGGAGUCCCAUCGUCAGAGUUUCAGCGAUCUGCUGACUCAAGGACUGAAGCGAGUUAAUUCAGUCAACAAUCUGGCAAUCCCUAUGGUUUCGUCUAUGAAUCAAAGUAGUAAGAGUUUGCCUCCGACGCCACAGCAUACACCGCGGAAACAAUCAUUAGCCAGUGUGUCGCCUAAUCCCUUCACCGUAGUCACGCAGAGGUUGGAGAGCUUAUCGGAAGAUGUGAAGGAGCUGCAGAUGGAGCAAAUAGUGGAUUUGACAGCUCCGAUCAUCGAAUAUGGUUCUUCCGACACGCUGAUGUCGUUGGCCAAAAGCUCCAGUAGAUCAAUCUAUGCCGAGUAUGAACCGGAUGUACGAACCGAAAAGAUCAACAAACUGCUUUCCAAGCUGCAUAUUGCGCUGGAUUGCGAAACCCUUAAUCAAUCGGCACUAAGUGGCACCAAGGGUGAUGCCACCAAAGCGGAGGAGAGCAAAUCAAAAACCUCCAUUCAAUCAGCGGACAGCACCCGGUCCGCCUUCCUGGCGGGUCAGUCAGAGGAACGAGUCCAGGCGCUGAGCAUUAUCAUGCUUCACUUGUGUUCCGGCCUGCAGCACGCUCAGGGUAAUCUGAACCAAUGAGAAUAUCGAUUGCUUCGGCAGCUCUCGCUAGGGUCUCUGCUAGAACCAUCCGCUUUGGUUGACCUUCUACCAGAGGUUGCAUCUUUACAGAGGGAGAACGCAGAAGCAGACGAACGAUUCGACCCAUCCUCCUUUGCUGGCAUCUCCGACGGCCGGAAAAGUCCCUUUCGCUCUCGCCGGCUGACGUCGUGUCGCAAACGAGCAAUGGGCCUUUUCCAACGUUCCGCUAGUGUUAGUAGCGCUAGAAGUGGUAAUUGUAAGAGCAACUCCAAUAGGUGGCUCACCCCUACAUACCACAAUACCUGAAUACGCAUUCCGCAUACAUGACUCACACACCCAGCUUGACAAGGAUAUACGCUAUUUUAAUCAAUAGACGCAUUGCAUUUGUAAUAGCAACUUAGCAAAGCACGUAGUUUGAAGCAUCACCCCAAAGGCACAUCACAAUUUCCGUUGGAUGCCGAAAUAACACCAAAUCAAAGGUUCAAAACCAUCCUCAUUAGAUAACGUUUGCUGGCAACAUCUAUCAGGGAGACCGGAAUACGGUGAAUACACUAAUCACUUUGAAAAGAAAUAAUUCUACAGUAUUGAUCGUCUACAAAUGACAGGGUUCGUUUGAUUCAAUUAGAUUCAAACGUAAAGCCAAUUUUUGUAAUGUUGCAGAACAAUAAUUAUGUACCAAUUAUGUAUUUUCUGUUAUUCGGUCACCCAUGGAUGAACAAUUGAGCACGCCCAAACCGAACGUAAGCAUGUUUCUAGUAAAAAAUGGAGCAUCGAUUAAUUUUAGAAUAGGUGAUAAUUGUUGCAAUCCCGCUUCCAUAGUAUUAAUGAGACCAAUGUCGUAACUAAAAGUGUGAUGUCCAUAAAUUCCCAUAAAUCGCUCUGAUCGUAAAUUCUGCUUUCGAAACUAACACUGUUCUUUCAAUAGGAUCCAUCUCAUCCCCUUGGGAGAAGGAACUGUUCUGGCGGAUGAGCGCAGGGUUACCGCAAGAAUCGUUCUUCUGAAUCGACUAAUAUAAUUAACUACAGACUUGUAAACAAACUGUACCCUCGUAUUUUCGAGUUCAAUCUUCAAGAAGGGCUACCAUAGAGAGCAGCAACCAAAUGCACUACACUACAAACGGCAGUACUAACACAUCCCAAGCAACAAUGUGAGUUUUAUUGUACUCUUAUGGCGGUUUUCAUGACCAAUUUUGGUCUUAAAUGCCAUCAUAAGAGUGUAAUAAAAUCCAAAUUACAAGUUACAUGGGAUCUCUAAGGUAUAUCAUUCAACUGAAGUUAGCGAUUUUAUCAAUCUUCGGCAAACCAUUAAUGUAGAAAGAACCAAAAUCCACUUGUGCAGAUAAAAAAAUCGCUUAACACACAAUACACAAAAUUAACUUCACUUACGCAGUUGUUUUACAAAGCUAGUCAAUAUACAUGACUUUAUUGAUUGAAUUGAUAGGGUUAGGAUUAUACAAUUAUACAUUCGACAUUUCGAUUCGUCGUCGCAGCCCCAACCCGGCUGUGCGUGCAAAGUGUUUUAAGCAAGGUUAGACUAUUGAUGGCAAGCAAAGUAUUUCAAAAUAAACAUACGAGUUUUAUGAAA